CACAAGGUCGGUUCCUUCAUAACAUUAACAAAAUAAUGUCAAAACUGUUUCACUAAAUACUUAUAUGGGUAGUUACAAACUUCUCUUAGUUCUUGGUAGAUCUUAAAUAAACACUUCAGAAAAUGUAACUGCAUAGUUAUUUGGGACUAACAUGUUGAUGGAAAUUGUAUGUUGAACAUAUUUGGUUAACUUAUAAAAUGUUCCUGUUUAAUCUGUGGCAUUUAUCUUGUAUAAAUUCAGAGGACCGAAAAUGGCUGAGGAGUGUAGCAAAAAGUGGAACAAGACCAAUUCCACCAAGACGUGAAGCAUCUGAAAAACAGCAGAGCACAAAACAUGCUGAACACACAGAUGGGAAGAAUGUUGUUGCUUCAUCAGAGAAUGAGGAAGACACUCAAGUGAAACAAAGAGAAGUGCAGAAGAGACCUGCUGAUGCAGUACAGAGUAACAUGGCAAUUAAGGCAUUGAAGAAGUUUAGAUGUGUGCCGUUUAAUGCAUGCAAGAUAACAGAAGAAAACUCUGAUGAUAAUGCCAUCCAAGAUACCCCAGCUAAGAAAACCAGUCCAGCAGCAGAAGAAGAUGCCAUGCUGUCCAUGGAAAAGCCAAACAAUGCUCAAGGCCCCACAUCAUCAGGGUUCGACCAGCCACAAGACCAGUUUGUUACUGGUGCAGAGUUUGACAAACUUUUAAAUGAUGUCAGGCAGCUGCAAGGGGUUGUUGCAAACAUGAAGAAGAGGUCAUCAGCAAAAAGACCAUACCAAACUACAGUGCAGCCUCCACCAUCAACAACACACCAGCUGCAGCCUCCACCAUCAACAACUCACCAGCAGCAGCCUCUGUCUCAGCCUAUGGACUUCGCUCUCCUUGGAUCUGCCCUUGAUCAUGCCCCAACAUCUGACUCUCCAUCACCAUCACCGUCUAUUCUUUAUAAUGGCCACACCAUUGAUAACCUUAGAGACUCAGUAUCAGUGUGUGAUAAACUUUUGCAGGCCACCAAAAUUGUUUUAUUUCAGCUUUUCGACCAAUCAUAUAUCUUGAGCCACAGUGUUUCAGGCAGGGCAUCCAAUGCAAAAACAGUGGCCAAACCCCAGUUUGAUUCGAGAUUAUAUGGGGCCCUUGUGAAAGUAUUGAAAGACAAAUUUCCUUCAAUAAGUGAUUCUGACAUAACAGCCAAAAUUCAUGUUAUUCAAAAAAUGUUGAAAAAAACAAAAUCUCUGAAGUUUCCAAGGGUAUAAGUGAGUGAAUGAAUGAAUGAAUGAACGCCAAGGAUGUCAACUAUCUCCAUUUUUGUUCUCUUUAUUUACCAAUGACCUACUUGAAUAUUUGUCUGCUGAUAAUCAGAGGUGUAUCGAUUUAGAUUUUAUUGAACUGUUUAUUCUGCUGUUUGAUGAUGAAAAAACUUAGCAGAACAAUCCUGGAAAGUACUGUCUAUUGUUAGGUCCUCUAUGAAAACCUUUACAAAUUUACCACUGAAUGUCUUAUUACAUAUAUUUGAUGUUAAAAUUCUUCCAAUCUAGAUGUAUGGUUCUGAAAUUUGGGGUUUUCAUUCCUCACCAAAAUGUUCAAAAUAUUCAUGACAAGUUUUGGAAGCAAAUACUUCACCAUCUAUUACUACUCCGAACAUCAUUGUAUGUGGUGAAAUAGGUCGCUAUUCUUUGAAGGUUAAUAUCUACUAUAAGAUUGUGAAAUACUGGAUGGACCACGUUAAUAAGUCAAGACAAGAAUAUAUUUUUAGCUACCAAAAAAAAUGAAAUAUUUUGCAUCCUGCUGAUCUUGUGUUCACAACUCUGUACAAUUAUACCUCUAUGUUCAUUCUGUCACUUUUAUGGCGCUUCAUGUCAUAUUUUGGAUCCUUCUGACAUGUAUGUGUAUAACGGGCCGAUGGCACCUUUACACAUCUCUCACUCAGCUUUAGACAGUAGGAAAAUAAGCAAAGCCAUUUAAAUGACUUUUAUAUAUUUUUCUGAUGACAAGUUUAAUAAAAAGGAAAUCACAUCCAAAUCUAGAUUUCUUUUAAUGUGUUCUUUGUUACUAGAUCUUUGAUAUAUUUUACAUCUAUGUGUGAUGAAUAUAUAUGCUGCAUGCCAGCUAGUCAACAUUAUGUCAACUGGUUAUUGACAUGGCA